GUCUUCAUGACUAAUGUGGGUGUUCGGCUAUUGAAAAUAGGGACGGAAUGAGAAGGAAUCUAUGAUAGCCUGAAAGGUCAGCAUAUGCCAGUCUGUGUCGCCGAGUAGUAUGGCAGCUGCAUUCCUGGAUGAAAGAGAUGCACACUCACUCCUCAAGCGCUUCCCCAGAGCCAAUGGCUUCCUGGAGGAGUUCCGGCAGGGCAACAUCGAGCGGGAGUGCGUGGAGGAGAGCUGCAGCUUCGAGGAGGCCAACGAGGUCUUCGAGAACAAGGAGCGCACGAUGGAGUUCUGGAAGAUGCGCAGCAUCGGCAGCAACGCGGAGUCGCGCUCGGACGGCAAGGACGUGGUGUUCAUGGUGGUGCCGCUGCUGGUCAUGACGCUGCUGGCGCUGAUCGGCCUCUUCCUGCUGUGGCGCUGCCAGCUGCAGAAGACCAUGCGCCGCCGCUGGCCCGCCUACCCGCAGCACCGCUACCUGUCCAGCCACCGCAACUCCCGCAGCCUGCCCCGCAUCCUGGUGCACAGGGACUCGCCCGUCGGCCAAUCGCUGGCCUCCGCGGCGGUGGUGGUGUCUGGGUCGUCGGCGUCGUCGACGGGACACUCCGACAACCCCCACCACUCCCACCAUUCCCAGCACCAUCACCACCACCACCAUCACCACCACGCCGGGGGAGCGUCGUCCUCCGCCGCGGCUGCCGGGCUGGUUGAGGCUCACUCCGGUCGGCCCACGGUUGUCAUCAGUGGGGUGGAGAGAGGAGGAAGUAGGAGUAGUAUUGGAUCGGAGCACAUCCUGACGCACCACCCGCCUCCUAACGGGCACGCCCUGUACGUGAAGGACUCCUCCGCCUCCGUCGCCUCGCGUCUGUCGGGCGCCACACCACCGCCGUCUUACGAGGAGGUGACGGGUCACGCCGAGAGCAGCAGCGACGAGACGUCGGCGCCCUACAGCGACCCGCCGCCCAAAUAUGACGAGAUCGUCAGAGACAGAUGAGCCCGAUUAGUGGGACACUGAUGGCAACGGGCCCGGCAACGAACCCCACUGACGAGGAACAGGAGAGAGAGGGAGUGGCUAAACCUUUUUUUUUUGUCACAGCACAACCUUCUGGAUUUUCAACUCUGAAGGGUGUUUUUGUAACAGCAGCUUUCUGACAGAGCACCCUGUGUGUGUGUGUGCGUGUGUGUGUGUGUGUGUGUGUGUGUGUGUGUGUGUGUGUUUCUCUGUAUUUCUGUGUGUGUGUUUGGCCUUUUGCUUCAGACUUCUCCUCUUCCUAAACAAGUUUGCCUUUGGGGAUGUGUGUGUGUGUGUGUGUGUGUGUGUAUGUUUCCUGUCUAAUUAAGAAUUGGCUAAAUUGGCUAAAUGUAUGGCUGCAUUUCCUUCGGCAUCUAUUUGUAUGUUGAGAAAUGCAACCUUUAUAAUAUGUAUGACCACAACCUUUCUCUGUAUGACCACAAGAGUGCAGGCAGAGGCCUUCACCCCUCCCCAUCCCCGUCCCACCUCUAGUCCCAACCUGAGACCCUGUCCACUGUCACACAGGACUCUUUCUGUCUGUC